CCAUAAAUUCUCAUAACACUGCAUGUCUCAAAGCAGAUGUACCGUAAAAUUUCCCUACGGAGUAUUAUUUAUACCUGUUGGGCUGCGGCUGCUUGUGAAAAAUUCCUAACGUAAAUCCCCCAUGGCAGCCACAGGGACUGUUGUUCCGUGGAAUGGGAGAAGGGCAGCAAUGGUGGAAGAGGAGAGGAUUACGACAUCAGAGGGCGUCGAACCCAUAUUAAGCUUCGAACAGAUGGGCAUUCGAGACGAAGUUCUAAGAGGGAUGUAUGCAUACGGCUUUGAAAAGCCGUCAGCAAUACAGCAGAGGGCCAUUCUGCCCCUACUCUCUGGGCGUGACGUAAUAGCACAGGCUCAAUCGGGUACAGGAAAAACCUCCAUGAUAGCUCUCACUGUCUGCCAAUUGGUUGACACCAAAUCACAGGAGGUUCAAGUAUUGAUACUUUCACCUACAAGGGAGCUUGCAUCACAAACCGAGAAGGUGAUAUUAGCUAUGGGUGAUCACAUAAACAUUCAGGUACAUGCAUGUGUUGGAGGCAAAAGUGUAGGUGAGGACAUUAGGAAAUUAAAGCAUGGUGUACAUGUUGUUUCCGGAACUCCUGGAAGAGUAUGUGACAUGAUCAAAAGAAGAACUUUACGGACUAGAGCAAUAAAUCUUUUGAUUUUGGAUGAAUCUGAUGAAAUGUUGAGCCGCGGUUUCAAGGAUCAGAUUCAUGAUGUUUAUAGAUAUCUUCCGCAAAAGCCUCAGGUUGUAUUGAUUUCUGCCACGCUUCCAAAUGAUAUUCUUGAGAUAACAAGCAAAUUUAUGACAGAUCCUGUUCGUAUACUCGUAAAACGUGAUGAGUUGACACUAGAGGGUAUCAAACAGUUUUUUGUUGCUGUUGAGAAAGAAGAGUGGAAAUUUGAUACAUUGUGUGAUCUUUAUGAUACACUGACCAUCACCCAAGCUGUAAUUUUUUGCAACACAAAACGGAAGGUGGAUUGGUUGACCAGCAAGAUGUGUGAGAAUAAUUUCACAGUGUCUUCUAUGCAUGGAGAUAUGCCUCAAAAAGAACGGGAUGCUAUAAUGGCAGAGUUUAGGUCAGGCACAAAUCGAGUCCUCAUUACAACCGACGUUUGGGCUAGAGGGCUGGAUGUUCAACAGGUUUCCUUGGUUAUUAACUAUGACCUUCCAAACAAUCGAGAACUCUACAUCCACCGCAUUGGUCGUUCUGGUCGUUUUGGUCGCAAGGGUGUUGCGAUAAAUUUUGUAAAAACGGAUGAUAUCAAAAUUCUAAGAGAUAUGGAGCAAUAUUACAGUACACAAAUUGAUGAAAUGCCGAUGAAUGUUGCUGAUCUGAUCUGACUCCCACCUCCCCGCGUUUGAUUGGUUUAUAUUAUGUACAAGUGUACAACCUUAGUUGCUUGUUUUUUUUACGGUAGUUGCUUGUUAGGAUUUUGUUAUUACGAUUUAUUUUUAAAAACAAAGUUUAAAGUCUUUAUGAGUAUAUGCCUCAUAAAGUCUUUAGGUUUAUUUUUAAAGACAAAGUUUUUGAUUGGUUUAUAUUUUGUACAACCUUAGUUGCUUGUUGUUGGGAUUAGGUUAUUACGAUUUAUUCUU